CUGGAAUGAUCUGGGAACACCUUAGUCUAAUAAGUCUGCCUUAGAUAGUCAGAGUCAGAGCAGGUCUACCAGCAGAUCCACACUACCGCGGCAGUUCUUAUUUUCAACACGUUUUUUUUUCUAGAGCAAAACUGAUUCUGUGUAUUCAAUGUGAAUCAAACAAGAGACAAACAUGCCAUCUAUUGAAGUAUUAGAAGACAGUAACCCUCUGUCUGAACAACAGAAUGUUACAGUACCCAAAAUUGUUGAGGUGUCUGACCCUCCUGAAACCACAAAAUUCAGUGAGGAAAAGAAAGCUGAUCAGACAGAAGGAAACAGUACUGACACAUCCAACAACAAUACCAAAACAGAGACAAACAAUAAUAACACAGAACUGAAGAAAAGUGGUGGAAAUGUGCCUGAAGAGGACAAAGAAAAUAAAAGUAAAUAUCCAAGUGUUCUGACCAAAGCCUUCCUUCGACAGCACUGUAAGGAUUUAAAACUGUAUCUCACCCCAGAGUUGAAUGAUGUUCUCUACUUGCAUUAUAAAGGUAUCUACCAUAUAGAGAACCUGGAAGAGUAUACUGGUCUCAAGUGCCUUUGGCUGGAGUGUAAUGGCAUCAACAAGAUCCAGAACCUCGAUAAACAGACAGAGUUGCGCUGUUUGUAUCUGCAGCAGAACUUGAUUGGCAAGUUGGAGAAUCUGGAGGCCCUGCAGAAGUUGGAUAAUCUGAACGUGUCGCAUAACGUGAUUACACGAAUUGAGAACCUAGCUUGUCUGCCUGUCCUGAACACACUGAACAUCUCGCAUAAUAAACUCCGUUCUGCCGAUGAUCUCUCCCACCUGGUGGAGUGUCCGAAUCUGUCCAUUCUGGAUCUCUCACACAACAAAAUUGAUGACCCCGAUGCCAUUGACGUUCUGAUCAAGAUGAAGAACUUGCGAGUUCUGAACUUGACGGGGAACGCAGUUAUACAAGAAAUCAAGUAUUACCGAAAAAAUAUGACUGUGAAACUGCAAAACCUGCAGUACCUGGACGACCGUCCUGUGUUCCCUAAGGACAGGGCCUGUGCUGAAGCCUGGGCUGAAGGUGGUUUGGAAGCUGAGAAAGCAGAGAGAGAGAGAUGGAGCAACAGAGAAAGGAGGAAGAUUAUGGAGAGCGUUGACUCUCUGCUUAAUAUGAGAAAGACGUCAAUAGCUAAGAGGAUUGAGAGAGAGCUGAAUGAGAAGAAUGAGGCAGAAGGAAAGACAGACAAAGUGGAGGUAGAUGUUGAAUCUGUAGAUUGGCUGUACGGCACGUACAAGAUCAAAGGUGACGAUACUGUUCAUCAUCGCAAGGAGGAGUCUGUGGAUGAGGAAGAGGAUGGAGAAGAGGGCGAGGAGGAAGUCUCAGAGGAAGAUCAGACAACCACAAAACAAGCCGAAGAAGUAAAAGCCCAACCUGAGUCCCCUGCUGCUCCAGCUGAGCCCAUCGAAGUUCUGGAGGUGAAAAGUCAAGACAGCAAGACACAGGGAGGAAUCUUCUCACAAAGAGACGAGAAAAAUUCUGAGGAAAAGCCUACCAAACUGCUCAUAACAGCCUUGGAAGAAGAUGAUGAAGAUGAGCAAGAUGAAUAUGAGGAUUUGCCAGACCUGGAGGAUAUUGAAGAUGAGUCAUCACCGAGGUCAUCCGUCAGAACUCCCAGUGAGGGUAUCAGUGCUGCUGUAAAAGAAGACAAACCCUACAAGCCCAUGAUAGAGAUCCUUGAGGAUGAACCAGCAGAAGUAGAAGGACCGAUGGAGACCUUGACAUUUCCCUCUUCACACACAGCCUCUCAGAGGUCAAAGGUUCUUAUUGAGGACAUCACCCUUUCCAUGCAAGAGGAGGAAGAGGAAAGCUGCUCUCUAAGUGCGCAAGAGUCAACAGCAACAAGGGAGGGUAACUCCUCCACCCUGACCUUCACUGGAAUACAGGAAAUGACGGAGGUGUCAGGGGGUCAGGAGGUCACGGAGAGACCAACCAACCAGGAGUCUGAGGAUUUAUUGAAUACCCUCGCAACCAAAAUGCCUUUGAAAGACCAGCUCCACUUGCCGGUUAACCCUCCUCCUGCUGAUGAGGAAGAAGAAGAGGAAGAAGACAGGUCACUGGAUGCUGAUCUGGAAGACUUAGACUGAUGAUUGACAAAGGGAGACACUUCAGAACUUAUUGUGUGUGGCACCAAAAGAGAAAUCUGGAUUCAUGGGAUUACUUCUGAGGUUUUUGUGAUUUUAUGUCAAAAUCAAGGUUGUAUAUCUGGUUCCUAGAUUCAUAUUUUUUUUCAAAGAGCGACAUCUAAUAUUAGAGAGUUACAAAGCUUUGAUGACAUAAGUUUGUACAAAAUAUUCUGACUAAACGCCAGAGCCUGAAUUCGUGAUAAUUGAAGAAUGCACAAUAUGACUUAUAUGAAGGGUACUCUUGUGGUGCCACAUAUUUUAAAGUAAGGGUGCACGUUUUUAUAUGUGAGAUUAAUGACAGAGUAAUGUGACUGUGAUGUGAAAGUAUGCUGGAGAUGUUGGGUAACUGUACAGAGUCAGACAGGUGACAUAGUGACGUAUUAAGUCAUAGUAGGUCAGUCCAUUUAUCAAGCCCCCUCCCCCAAUCUAUAUUCUAUUCCUGCAUUCACAUGUUGAUACGCAAAGCAGAAUAGGAGUUUAAAAAAAUCAUAAUCAUAGUUCAUAGUCUAGUGCUUACCAAACCGUGUAAUGUUGUUGACUAGUUGGCAAUUUGAUCAUAUUGGUGGGCGGUGGGGACCACCACUGUAGAGGUAAAUAUGAUUUAAUGCCCCGCUUGGAAAUACAUGUAGAUGGACUGUACUACUAUUUCAGCCUCCUUAAGGUGCAAAAGUGAGCGCUGGCUUUAAAAAGAUUGACAACCAAAGACACUCACGAUUUAAAAUUACUCCUUCAUUUAGCUUGUUCCUUUUGGUAUCUGUUAGCAGUUCAGUUACUGGGAUUUUCAUAUUUUCAUUCCUUAUGAGGGCCAGGUACCCACAAAUAUAACAAGGCGAACAAAGGAAAUUUGGGUGAAUUAGUUAUUUUGCCAUUCCUAAGAAAACAUUGUAUCACCCUUCCAAUUAGGGAACCUACAAAUGCAAAGCAAGUAUCUUAACAACAAGAGUAGGAUGCCCCCUAGGGUAUCAAGAGAAAUUUGUAUAUUGCUCUUUUAUUAAACUGUCAAUGUGCUGUGAUAAUGGCCUCAGUCAGACUUGAGCUAAGAUCAAACUGACCCCUAACGGAAUUCCUUGUAAAAUGACACCUAUCACCAUAUCAUGAAAUGGUCUAAAUAUGCCAACAAAUCUCAGAGUUAUUAAAAAGAAAUGUGAGGCUUGCUGACAAAAUGAGUUACUUCUCAAGUUUUAGUCCUGUGGAUAUAGAUACGUCAAAGUCAUAGGUUGAGUUUGUACAAUUUAUCGGUAUGAAAUUAUAAAAGACAUGAUUAAACUUGAAGAAAAUAGCACCAGUUGAAAACCUACAAAUUCAACUCUAUGUUGAUUUUUGGCAGAUAUCUACAUUUGUGAGUUGCAAGAAGGAACUCUUUUCGUCAGCACGCCUCGCAAUUCAUUAUUGCACGAGUUUGGAAAAGACGAGAAACAAGGAAGUCUUUCUUGAUUUAUUCAAAAUUAUGAUAAAUGAGCUAGGCCAUAAUUGUGACAUUAUUGUCUUACCAGACAAAGGAAGUAGAAAACCCACUACAAUUUAGAACAAAUUUAUUUGCAAGUGUUUCUCAAUGAUGUAUGUGUGUGGUACGUUCAUGUGUUUCGUUGAGUGAGGAAAUGAUUUAUCUAGAUCAAUGUUGUAUAGUUCAGUAUUUAUUGUGUAUGGUGGUGUGAGUGUGUCGAUACAAAAAGAAAAAAAUCUAGGAUUUUGUGAUACCUGAAGACAAAUAAAGUUUAAUAUUUGAA